UUCUUCCACCACUUCGGCACUUUUCUGCUACUAGUAGCAACGGUGCUUCUCAUCGUCACCUGCAUUUCUGCACCUGUCAUCAAUGACAUUUCAAUCAUGAAGGUCGAUUUCGGAAGACUUCACGUGGGCGGUUUCAAGAGGGUAACCUUUGGCACCUUUGGCUGGUGCGAGAUUGCCGAUGGCCAAGCUGACUCCUGCUCUUCCUCCCACGUCGGCUAUAACCCUGCCAACGUGAUGCGCAUGAUCGAGGGUACCUCCUUCUCCAACUACGCUGAGAACACCACCAAGGCACUCACCAAGGCCAUGAUCCUGCACCCCAUCGCCUGCGGUCUCAACUUCAUCGCCUUCCUCCUCGCCCUGGGCGCCGGCCUCGUCGGCUCUUUCCUCGCCUCGCUGGUUGCCGCUCUGGCUUUCAUCGUCACCGUCGUCAUCAUGAUCAUCGACUUUGUCACUUUCAGCAUCAUCAAGUCGAACGUCAACGACGACGACAGCGGCUCUCGCGCGCACUGGGGCUCCGCUGCCUGGACCACUCUGGCUGCUGCCAUCUGCUCACUGCUCGGCAUGAUCAUUCUCUUCAUCACCUGCUGCUCGGCUAGAAUCCACAAGAGGAGGAACAGGGAC